AUGGCGAUUGGCGGCUGGUUCAGUCGAAACUUCGGUUGGGAGACCGGUGGUGAAGUUGUUAGCCCGGGGGCUAUUACACCUAAAGUCCUCGAACCUACUGUUAUUGCUUGCUCUGAAUUGACUUCAGCGCAAUCUUCCUUCCCCUCUACACCUCGAGCUGGUCUGGUAUCGCCGGCUGAGAAUGAAGAUCCUCUGGCAUUGGAAAAGCUGCAGCAGUUCGGUCGACUGGCCUCCUGGAGAGGGUCGUUGAUUCUGUUGGUUACUUCUGGCUCUCAAUUUCUUGACAAUGUUUUCAUGACGAGUGCCAAUAUUGCUUUGUCGUCAAUCCAGAGAGACUUUGACGUGUCCAGCAACGAUCUGCAGUGGAUGAUCUCUGCGUACACCUUGACGUUUGGUGGUUUCUUACUGUUGGCGGGUGCUUUAUCCGAUCGGUAUGGGAGAAAAUUGAUUCUCUGCUUGGGUCUGUUCUGGCUCUCUGCCUGGACACUGGCCAUUGGCUUCGGGCAGUCAUUCAUUCAGCUUGCGAUAUUCCGCGGUAUUCAAGGAAUCGGCGCCGCAAUGACCGUGCCAUCCGCUAUUGGAAUAAUCAGUUCUUACUUUACUGGUCUUGAUCGUACCCGAGCACUGUCAGUGUACGCCGCGUCGGGGACGCUGGGAUUCUGCACCGGGCUCAUCUUCGGUGGCUUCCUGACCUCCUCAUUGGGUUGGCGAUACAUUUUCUAUCUGAUUGUGAUCAUCACCGGCUCGUUGGGGGUUCUUGGUGUGAUUGUUCUGCCCAAAGAUAUCCCGACUGACACCACCAGGAACAGAAUGGAUUUCUUCGGUGCAAUUCUGUCCACCGCCGGUCUCAUUCUGCUUCAGUUCGUACUCUCAAGUGGUGGAUCAUACGGCUGGGGGACUCCCUUUAUUAUCGCUCUUUUAGUUGUUGCCGUCUUGCUCCUGGUCGGGUUUGUGGUCCUUGAGAAGUACAUCGGCAACCCGAUCAUGCCGCUAUCACUGUGGAAGAUUCGGAAUUUCGCCGGUCUGUGGAUUGCGGGUUUCACUGGCUAUGGCACCUAUCAGAAUGUUAUCUACUAUAUUGUCCUGAUGGCGCAGGAGAUAGACAAACUUAAUGCUGGAGACACGGCGCUGCGCUUCUUGCCGAUGGGCGCAAUCGGGUUUGUCGUGUCUCUCGGCACAGGAAAGGCUCUGGAGUACAUGAACGGGAAGUACCUGCUCCUGGCUGGACUUAUACUCGCCGUGGUGGCCCCUAUCCCAAGUGCUGUGACUGCCAGUCCCGAGAGCAGCUUCUGGGUCAACGUCUUCCCAACCUCUCUCAUCAGCAUAUCAUCCGUGUCGCUGAUCUUCGUCACGACGAGUACAACAAUCCUGACCAGCGUCCCGGUCCACGUGAAGAGUCUGUCUGGUGGAAUGCUCAACACUGCAUUUCAAAUCGGUUCUGGUGUGGCUCUGGCCAUUUCGGCGGCAGUGACCGAAACGGUCGACAUCCAAAAAGGCCACACCCUGGCGCAGCAGUAUUCCACCGGUCUUUGGUGCUCUGCGGGCCUGGCGGGCCUCGGACUGAUCUUCGGGUUGAUUGGUGUUCGGCGAAAGGGCAUUGGACCGGACGACCGAGUGGCCGGCCCGGUGACUCUGUGA